AUGGCGCAGAGUUCGAACCAGAAGAAUAUCGUCAUCCUCGGCGGUUCAUAUGGGGGUAUCUCAACCGCCCACUAUCUCCUCAAGCAUGUGGUACCCAAACUCCCGGACAGCCUGUUGUACCGGGUCAUCCUAGCCAGCGCUUCGGACCACGCAAUGUGCCGACCUGCUUGCCCUCGGGCAAUGAUAUCAGACGAUUUAUUGCCACAAGAGAAGCUCUUCGUCAGCAUUGCUCGAGCUUUUGAGCAGUAUCCCAAGGACAACUUUCGCUUCAUUCAAGCGACAGCAACAGACCUGGACCACAGCAAACGGACAGUCACUAUACAGCUCCCGGAUGGGAGCACCGAGAGCAUCGACUUUCAUGCUCUUGUCAUCGCUACUGGGGCAUCCACUCCUUCGCCGCUGCUUGGUCUAAAUCGAGACGUCGAUUUCUUGCGCAGCAGUUGGGCGUCGUUCCGUAAAGCGCUGUCAUCCGCGAAGAGUAUCGUCAUCUCGGGUGGCGGGCCCGCAGGUGUCGAGACAGCUGGCGAGCUUGGAGAAUACCUCAAUGGACGAGCUGGGUGGUUCCGCUCGGGCCUGGCCAACCCGAGAGUUCAGAUCACUGUUGUUACAGCCGGGCCCCAAAUUCUCCCAGCGCUCCGGCCAGCCAUUGCGAAACAAGCCGAGAUAUAUCUCGCCAAAGUUGGUGUGGCUGUGGUCAAGAAUGUCCGCGUGACUGCCGUCAGACCACCAGAUGCCGGAACAGAGAAUGUAGCAACCAAGGCAACAGUAACACUUGAAAAUGGAAAGACGUUGGAGGCGGACCUGUACAUUCCAACCACAGGCACGACCCCCAAUACCGGCUUCGUCGACAAAUUGCUUCUUGGAGCCGAUGGCCGGGUCGAAACCAACCCUUCGACCUUACGUGUCAAAAAAACCGGAACACGCAUUUAUGCCAUUGGUGAUGCAGCCUCAUUUGCAAGACCUGCGAUUCAUCUCAUCCUCAACGCCGUCCCGGUACUUUGCACAAAUAUGGAGCAUGACCUGCUGCUUGCUGCUGGGAAGGAAAGUAGUUCUGUUGGCAAGGACAGAAUCUACACUGAGGAUACGCGCGAGACUCAGAUGGUACCGAUCGGUCGGGGCAAAGGUGUUGGUGCUGCAAUGGGAUAUAAAAUGCCUAGCCUUAUGGUCUGGCUGAUCAAAGGCCGCGAUUAUUGGUUGUGGACCACGGGUGGCCUUUGGAGUGGCAAGCAAUGGGCCAAGAGAUCGUAG